AUGGUCUUCUGGACGCAGCUGCUGCUGCUGCUUUGGAAGAAUUUCCUGUACCGCAGAAGGCAGCCGAUGCAGCUCUUGGUGGAGCUGAUGUGGCCGCUCUUUCUCUUCUUCAUCCUGGUGGCCGUACGCCAUUCCCACCCCCAACUUGAGCAGCAUGAAUGCCAUUUCCCCAACAAGCCGCUGCCGUCAGCGGGUACCGUCCCUUGGCUCUAGGGCCUCAUCUGCAACGUGAACAACACCUACUAACCACGGCCCAUGCCUGCCGAGGAGCCUGGCGUCCUCAGCAACUUCAGGACCUCCAAGGUCUCCCGGCUCCUGGCAGAUGCCCGCACUGUCCUGGGGGGCCCCAGGGCCCACAGGAUGCUGGCUAGCCUGAGGCAGCUGAUGCCCAUGCUGAGGGCUGCACGUGGAGCAGCCUGGCCUCGACUGAGUGACCAGCCCAAGGAGGGUCCGCCCCUGGCCACUGAGCUGCUGAGGACACUGCUGCAAGGGUGUCGUCUUUCUCCCCAGGAAUCCCUGGUGUUUAUGCUGGGCCAGGCCCAGGAGUCCUUAGACAGCCUUGUGGAAGCAGCAGAAGACCUGGCCCAGGAGCUCCUGGCGCCGCCCAGCCUGGUGGAGCUGUGGGCGCUGCUGUGGAGACCCCAAGGUCCAGGUGGCCCCCUGGAGGCGGUGGCAGAAGCCCUGUGCAGCCGGGGGCCCAGCAAGCCGGGCGGGCCCUCCCUCACCUGGUACGAGGCCAGUGACCUGAAGGAGCUGGCGUGGGCCCUGCCACACCACAGCCUGAGUGGCUGAGCCGGCUUCCCAGCCGGGGAGGUGGGGCCAGGACAUGGGCGGGCGCAGGGCUCCACCUGCACUGAGCUGGUGGGGGCCCUGGACGCCCACCCGUCCCGCCGGCUCUGGAGGCGCCUGAAGCCGCUGGUCCUGGGGAAAGUAGUGUUCAGCUCACGGCCCAGGUGACCGUGGGAGGGGUCCCAGGUGAACCGAACCUUCCAGGGACUGGCGCUGUUGAAGGGCAUCCAGGAGGUGUGGGAGCUGCUGGGCGCCCCGCUCUUGAACUUCGCGAACGACAGCGCCGGUGUCGCACGGCUGCAGACUCCCAUCUUCCCUGACACCCCCCACAGGCUCCUGCAGGUCACAGGAAGAAGGCAGCCAGGCGCUGGAGGCCAGGACCGGGGGAAGGCUCUUCGUGCCUUUCUGAACCCCUGAAGUGGUGGCUGCAGCUGGUAGGAGGCCCAUACUGAUGUGGGACACCUGGUGGGCACACUGGGCCAUGUGAUGGAGGGCGUGACUCUGGACAGGCUGGAGGCUGCGCCCUCAGAGGCUGUCCUGGUGGAGCGGGCCCUGGAGCUGCUCUCCGAGCACCGUUUCUGGGUCGGCAUUGUCCUCCUGAGGCCCGAGGACUUCCCGGACUCCUCACAGUCCCCAGGCCCUGGCCAUGUGCGUAUCAAGAUCCGCAUGGACAUCGAUGAUGUCACAAGAACCAAUACGAUCAGGGACAGAUUUUGGGACCCCAGUCCGGCUGCUGACGCGCUGAUGGACUUGCGCUACAUGUGGGGUAGCUUCGUGUACCUGCAGGACCUGCUGGAGCGCGCAGCCGUGCGCGUGCUCACUGGAGCCGCGCCCCGCGCUGGCCUCUACCUGCAGCAGAUGCCCUACCCGUGCUACGUGGACGAUGCGUUCCUGCGCGUGCUGAGCCAGUUACUGCCGCUCUUCCUGACGCUGGCCUGGAUCUACUCGGUGGCGCUGACGAAGGCUGUGGUGCGUGAGAAGGAGAUGAGGCUGCGCUGCACGAUGUGCGCCAUGGGGCUCAGUGGCGCUGUGCUUUGGCUGGGCUGGUUCCUCAGCUGUCUCGGGCCCUUCCUUCUCAGCACCGCGUUGCUCGUGCUGGUGCUCAAGCUCGGGGACAUUCUCCCCUACAGCCACGCGGUGGUGCCUUUUCCGUUCUUGGCACCUUUCAAGGUGGCCACCGUGGUCCAGAGCUUCUUGCUGAGCGCCUUCUUCUCCCGAGCCAACCUGGCAGCCGCCUGCAGGGGCCUCGCCUCCUUCGUGCUCUAUCUGCCUUACGUGCUGUGCGUGGCCUGGCGGGACCAACUGCCCGUGGGCGGCCGUGUGGCUGCGAGCCUUCUGUUGCCCGUGGCCUUCGGCUGCGAGAGCCUAGCACUGCUGGAGGAGUAGGGCAAGGGCAUGCAGUGGCACAACGUGGGCACUGGGCCUACAGCCAAUGUCUUCAGCCUGGCCCAGGUCUCGGGUUUUCUGCUGCUCGACGACGCUGCGCUCUACGGCCUCGCCACUUGGUACCUGGAGACCGUGUGCCCAGGUGAGUACAGGAUCCCCGAACCAUGGAACUUUUCCUUUCGGAGGAGCUACUGGUUUGGGCCUCAGACCCCCAAGGGCCCUGCCCCCUGCCCCACGGACCCCAAGGUGCUGGUGGAAGAGGCACCCCCUGGCCUGAUUCCAGGGGUCUCCAUAUGGAGCUUUACUGGCAACCCGCAGCCGGCCCUGCACGGGCUCAGCCUGGACUUCUACCAGGGCCUCGUCACCGCCUUUCUGGGCCACAAUGGGACUGGCAAGACGACCACUCUGUCCAUCCUGAGCGGCCUCUUCCCACCCACUGCUGGCUCCGCCUGUGUCCUGGGCCACGAUGUCCGAUCCAAUAUGGCAGCCAUCCGGCUCCACCUGGGAGUCUCACAGUACAGUGUGCUGUUUGACAUGCUGACCGUGGAUGAGCACGUCUGGCUCUAUGGGCGGUUAAAGGGUCUCAGUGCAGCUGCUGUGGGCCCCGAGCAGGACCGUCUGAUGCAGGAUGUGGGGCUGGUCCCUAAGCGGCAUGCACAGACUCGCCACCUCUCUGGGGAGGAGCCUCUGGGUGGGAUUCAGUGGAAGCUUUCAGUGGCCGUUGCCUUUGUGGGUCGCUCCCAAGUCGUUAUCCUGGAUGAGCCAACAGCUGGUGUGGACCCUGCUUCCUGUCGAGGCAUUCGGGAGCUGCUGCUCAAAUACCAUGAUGAUCGCACAUUGGUCCUCUCCACCCACCACCUGGAUGAGGCAGAGCUGUUGGGAGACUGUGUGGCAGUGGUGGCAGGCGGCCGCUUGUGCUUCUGUGGCUCCCCGCUCUUCCUGUGGCAUCAUUUGGGCUCCGGAUACUACCUGACACUGGUGAAGGGUCCCCCAGCCCUGGCUACCAGCAAAAAGGGUGACACUGACUUGAAGGAUAGCAUGGAUCCUGGGCAGGAAAGGGAGACAGGCAGCCAGGCCAGCACUGCCGGUGAGGGCCGGGGUGGGAGAGCCAGACUGCUGGCCCUGGUGCAGAGCCACGUGCCCGGGACACAGCUGGUCAAAGAGCUGCCACAUGAGCUGGUGCUGGCGCUACCCUACCAGGGUGCCCUGGACGGUAGCUUCACUGAACUCUUCCGCAAACUGGACCAGCGGCUGGGGGAGCUGGGACUGGCCGGCUUCGGAAUCUCCAACACCAGCCUGGAGGAGAUCUUCCUGAAGGUGGUGGAGGACUGUGCUGUGGACACAGGCCCAGAGGAUGGUAGGCCCAGGCAGCACCCAUGCUCAGGCAUUGCUCAUCUGGACGCGACUGCAAGGCUCCAGAUUCUGCCAGAGGAGUCAGCCCUGGAGAAUGGGGGGCCGGCGGGAUCUGCCCCCGAGACACAGGCCUUGGAGGGCUCUGGGUCAGACGCCACAGGCCGUGUACAAGGCUGGGCGCUGACCCACCAGCAGCUCCGGGCCUUGCUUCUCAAGCGCUUCCUGCUUGCCCGCUGCAGCCGCCGUGGCCUGUUUGCACAGAUUGUGCUGUCUGCCCUCUUCGUGGGCUUGGCACCAGUGUUCAGCCUCAUCAUGCCUCCUUUCGGAUACUACCCGGCUCUGCAGCUCAGUCCCAGCAUGUACGGCGCCCAAGUGUCCUUCUUCAGUGAGGAUGCCCCAGGGGACCCUGAACGUGCCCGCCUGCUUGAGGCGCUGCUGGAAGAGGCCAGAUUGGAGAAGACUUAGCUGAAAAAAUAACUCCAACAGUUCUCGGUGCCCGAGGUUGCUGCAGAUGUGGCUAAGGUCUUGGCCAGCGGCAGCUGGACUCCGGAGUCGUCCCCUGCCUGCCAGUGCAGCCAGCCUCGUGCCCACCGCCUGCUGCCCGACUGUCCUGCUGUGGCCGGCAACCCCCCGCCUCCCCAGGCACUGACCAGCUUGGGCAAAGUAGUCCAGAACCUAACAGUCUGGAACCUGUCUGACUUCCUAGUCAAGACCUACCCACGCCUGGUGCGCCAAGGCCUGAAGACCAAGAAGUGGGUGAACGAGGUCAGAUAUGGGGGCUUCUCCCUGGGGGGCCGAGACCCGGGCCUGCCCUCAGGGCUUGAGGUGGGCUGCUCUGUGGAGGAGCUGCGGGCACUGCUGAGCCCCCAACUGGGCGGGGCCCUCGGCUGCAUCCUGAACAACCUCACAGCAUGGGCUCUUCGUCUGGACAUUCAGGAUGGCCUCAGGAUCUGGUUCAACAACAAGGGCUGGCAUGCUGUGGCGGCCUUUGUCAACCCAGCCAACAACACUCUCCUACGUGCCUGCCUGCCGCCAAGCCCCGCCCGCCAUGCCCACAGCAUCACCACACUCAAUCACCCCCUGAACCUCACCAAGGAGCAGCUGUCUGAGGCUGCGCUGAUGGCCUCCUCAGUGGACAUGCUUGUCUCCAUCUGUGUGGUCUUCGCCAUGUCCUUUGUCCCGGCCAGCUUCACCCUUGAACUUUCUCUGGGACAUGGUGUGGGGACUGCCUGGAGGGGUGGGGGCCCCGCCACCACUUGCCACUGCCCCUUCUGGCCCUUUCUGGGCAGGGACUUGUCUAGGAUGUGUAACUACUUGGUGCCAGUGUCCAUUGUGGUGCUCAUCUUUUUGGCCUUCCAGCAGAGGGCGUACGUGGCCGCUGCCAACCUGCCUGCCCUCCUGCUGUUGCCACUACUGUAUGGCUGGUGAAUCACACCGCUCAUGUACCCAGCCUCCUCCUUCUCCAUGCCCAGCAUGGCCUACGUGGUGCUCACCUGCAUCAAUCUCUCUAUCGGCAUUAACGGCAGCAUGGCCACCUUUGUGCUCGAGCUCUUCUCUGAUCAGAAGUUAUAGGAGGUGAGCCGGAUCCUGAAACAGGUCUUCCUUAUCUUUCCUCACUUCUGCCUGGGCUGGGGGCUGAUCGACAUGGUGAGGAAACAGGCCAUGGCUGACGCUUUUGAGCGCUUGGGAGAUGGGCAGUUCCAGUCACCCCUGCGCCAGGAGGUGGUCGGCAAGCACCUCUUGGCCGUGUUGAUACGGGGCACCUUCCUCCUCUUUACACUCCUGCUGCAGCACCACAACUGCCUCCUGCCACAACCCAAGCUGAGGCUGCUGCCCGCCCUGGGAGAGGAGGAUGAGGAUGUGGCCCGUGAGCAGGGACGGGUGGUGCAAGGAGCCACCCAGGGGGACGUGUUGGUGCUGAGGGACCUGACCAAGGUGUACCCUGGGCAGAAGACACCGGCUGUCGACCGCCUGUGUCUGGGGAUUCCCCCUGUUGAGUGUUUCGGGCUGCUGGGCGUGAAUGGAGCGGGGAAAACGUCCACGUUUCACAUGGUGACUGGGGACACGGUGCCCAGCGGGGGCGAGGUGGUGCUGGCAGGCCACAGUGUGGCCCAGGAACCGGCCGCAGCACACUGCCGCACGGGCUACUGCCCUCAGUCGGAUGCCAUCUUCGAGCUGCUGACCGGCAAGCACCUGGAGCUGUUGGCAUGCCUGCGCGGUGUCCCCGAGGCCCAGGUUGCCCAGACAGCAAGCUCGGGCCUGGGGUGCCUGGGCCUCCCUCAGUAUGCGGACAGGCCCGCGGGCACCUACAGCCGUGGCAACAAGCGGAAACGGGCGACAGCCGUGGCUCUGGCGGAGGAUCUAGCUGUGGUCCUUUUGGUAUGUGAGGGGGAGGGCGGGGGGCCCACCACUGGCAUGGACCCCGGCGCACAGCGUUUCCUCUGGAUCAGCCUCCGGCCGGUGGUCCAGAGCUGGAGGCUCGCGGCUCCGGGCUCCCACAGCAUGGAGGAGUGUGAGGCGCUCUGCAUGCGCCUGGCCAUCAUGGUGAACGGGCGGUUCCACUGCCUGGGCAGCACGCAGCAUCUCCAGGGCCGGUUCGGGGCUGGCCACACGCUGACCCUGUGGGUGCCCGUGUCCCAGUCCGAGUCGGCGGCAGCCUUCGUGGCAGCCACGUUCCUGGGGGCCGAGCUGCGGGAGGUGCACAGUGGCCGCCUGUGCUUCCAGCUGCCUCUGGGAGCGCGGCGCUUUGGAGAGCUGGCGGCACGUGGCGCAGAGCACGGUGUGGAGGACUUCUCUGUGAGCCAGACCACGCUGGAGGAACACUAAGUAUCCUUGUACUCCUCCAAGGACCAGGGGAAGGAGGAGGACGAUCAGUAGGCAGGAGUGGGGGUGGACCCUGUGCCAGGCCCACAGACCCCCAAACUCACCACCCAGUUCCUCGAGGACCACAGCAUGGCCGAGACGGUGCUCUGA